AUCAAUUUCCAGUGUUCUGCGUGAACCGUUGUCCAGUUCAGUUAAACUGAGAUUUAUACCGUUAGCAAUUAUUUUCCUGAGAAUCAUGUAUAUGAAAACCAUUCUAAUCGCAAUAUUCAUUGCUUCCACGGACUGUAUUUCCCUUCGCAAUGCUGUAGAUUUUAAACUGUGUGAUGAUGUCGUGCCCACCGGAAUCGUGUCCAACGUCUUCGUUUCUGAAUGCGCAUCUUUGCCAUGCACCUUUCGAAGAGGACAAAACUACAGCAUUGAGAUUGACUUUGAAAACAACCGAGGAACAGAGAUUUUGACCGCCGAAGUGUACGGGAUUAUUCUGGGCAUUCCGGUCCCUUGGCCUGGUCUUGACCGUGACGGGUGUAAUCACAUGAUUAUUGGAGGGUGCCCGAUGCAUGUGGGGGACUAUGUCACGUACGGGAUGGCCAUGCCUGUGGACACCUUGUUGCCUCCUGUGGAGGCCACACUGCGAUGGUUGAUAAAGGGAGACGAUGGAAGGGAGAUUUUUUGUUUCGAGAUUCCAGUUCGCCUCGUUUAAUAAUAGAAUCUCAACAUUUGUACCUGUUCUGCUAUUAAAAAAAUGUCAAAAACAGUUUACCAAA